UCAUUUGCUUUAAGGAGGAGCUCCUAAGGAGCCAAGCUUUGCUCAUAUGAAAAAAAGAAAAGAAACAGAAAAAGAGUCUACAUCUAUGUCUGCAUAUCAAAAAAGUCUCGAUCAAUGUGGUCCUAAGUUCCUAACCCAUCCACAUCUGCAUUAAUUAUUUUAAAUAAAAACACAGCAUUUGCACAUGGUUGAUAAGCCAUCUUCUCUGAUGUCUUCACAAAUGGAUAUAUCAUCAAUCACCCUCUCCAUAGCGUAGAAAGCCUCCCAAAAACAAAAACAGAAAAACAAAGGGUCUCAUUAACUUUGAUCAUAUGAGUUCUAGGAGCAGGAGAGAGGGCAAAGGCCCUGCCUUUCAAUUGAGCACUCCAUUUCCAAGCUUCCUCAAGAUUGUCGUUCAGCAGGCUCUUCAAGAUGGGAAGCUUAAAAUUCCAAAGAUGCUUGUGAUGGAAUAUGGAGAUUUAAUGGCGGACAAAAUAUUCCUUGAGGUUCCAGAUGGUGCAGUUUGGCCAGUAAAACUGACUAGGCCCUGCAACGGAGAGAUUUGGCUGCAAAAGGGAUGGCCAGAAUUCGCGAAAUUUUACUCCCUAAAGCAUGGUUGCUUGUUAUUCUUCAAUUAUGGAGGGGAACAUUCCCAUUUCAGAGUUCGCAUUUUCAUGAGAAAUACUCUAGAGAUGAACUAUUUCAGUUCAAGUACUGAUGAUGAAGCUGAAGGCAAUUCCAAUCCAAGUAGUGAAACUGAAGGUCAAGGAAAUAAGCAUGACAGGGAAAAAAGAACUCAUGGUGCUGAUCAUGGAGGAAAGUCUACUGCAUCAGAAGCUCCAUUGAGAACUUUUGCAAAGACAGAACUUGAAGAUUUAGCAUACUCAAAAGCUUUAAGCUUCAAAUCUAACAAUCCAUUUUUUUGUGAUGAAAAUGCAGCUAUCAUACUUAUCAACUCACCUGAUCUCAAAUGAUGAGAGAUCUUGGGCAGUCAAGUGCAUUAUCACUGUAUACAAGGGGAGACCAAGAACAAGAUUCCACAAUUUUGGUUAGGGGGCAUUUGUGAAGGACAGUCAUUUGGAAGAAGGUGAUGCCUGUGUG